AACCACAAUCCAUCGAGAUAAAGAAUAUAAUAAUAUAUUAUAUUACUAAUAUUGCAUAUAGUAUACGGAUAUAAUAAUUUACUAAUAGGUUUACCAAGGUGGAUUAAUAUAUUUUUCUUAUAUAUUAUAUUAUUUUCUUUAUAUUGAUGCCGGAUUAAUGAUGAUUUUGUUUAUUCCAUGAAUACUUACUCUUCUGUUAUCAUGGGGCAACAUAUUACUCUAUGGAACACAUGGACCACAGACGUAUAAUAUAACAUAAAUUAUGAUUUUUUUUUUUCCAAACUCAAAAAUCUUCCUUGUUCUUGUGCGUUAACCGUGAAUUUAUUAUUUGAAUUUUAAAAUAUUUUCGGAAAGAUAAGUAAGUUUACUAUACUUUUUUAUUCUACUUAUCCAAUAUCAUUAAUAAUUACUAAGUACUAACAUGUCACUAACUUAUGAAUCAGUCGCAUAAUUUGUAUUGUUUUUUUUUUCAGAAAUAAUUCAUAUAAAGUGAGUCUUCUAAUACUGGUUUGAUAUGAAUUCUUCUUUGUCCUUCAAGUGCAUACCUUACAUUAAUAAUUCGAAGAGGAUAGUAAUUCGUGGCAUUUAUUGUCUAACUCGGCGUUUCAAAUCCAACAGUUUGCCACCCGAUGAUGACAAUAACAAUAAUAAUACAAAUUCAACCUCAAAAAAACAUGAAGCCAUUGAUAAACUAAAUGAGUUGUUGAAAACUAUGAAAAAAGGUGAUGAGACUGAAAUACCAAAUAUUGAACUAGCAAAACCGAGACAAUUGUCUAAAAAAGCAGCACAAAAUAAACAGAAAAUUAAUGAGUUAGAACAGAAAAAAAAUUUGGGUGUAAAAUUGGCCCAUGCAGCUACUUCGGUUGCUGAAUCAAUUGGUGGUGAUGUAAAGAAAACUGAAUCUGAAUUGUUGAAUUUGUUAAGGAUUUAUAACAGUGAAUGUGAACCUAAUAAUUUGUCUGAAAAAAAGUUGACAUCUUCCGUUCAAUUAGAUGAUCUUCUUUCUGGAAUGAAGAUUGAUCGUAGUCAACCAAAAGUCAAUAAUUCUGGUUAUAAAGAUAUGAAUAGAGCUGAACGUGUAAGGGAAUUGAUUGGCAAAAGUACAGAUAUUAAGCAAAAAGUAAUAAGUUAUAAUAAAAUAAUUGAUAAUUAUGUGCCUACACAAUUAUUUAGCAGUAAACCACUAGGUAUCUUUACAGACAUUAAGCCAGAUAAAGAUUACCCAUCAUUACCUACUUGGGAUAGAUUGUAUAACAAGAGUUUAAAAAUGGCUGCUACACAUCCACCUAAAAAUAUUUACGAGCAAAUGAUUAUUUGGACAGAACAAGGGAAAUUAUGGAAAUUCCCUAUUGAUAAUGAACUAGGAAUGGAUGAUGAAAAAACUGUGUUUUUUACAGAACAUGUGUUUUUGGAACCAUUAAUUGAUGAAUGGUGCCCAACAAAAGGACCAAUUAGACAUUUCAUGGAAUUAGUGUGUACUGGCUUAUCAAAAAAUCCUUUCUUGUCUGUUAAAGAAAAAAAAGAUCAUAUCAAUUGGUUUAGGCAGUAUUUCUAUGAAAAAAAUCAAUUAUUAACCGAACUUGGGACAUGUGAAAUUAAGUCUUUACCAACAGAUGUUAAAGAAUAUUACAAACCUACAAUUCCAAAUGAAUAAGCUAAAUAAUAAGAAAAUU